CUUUGUGUUCAGAUACAGAAUCCGAUCAAAACUGAAGGAAAAUUUUCGGUCGGCGUUCCAAAUAAUAUCGUAUUAAAAAUGUACAAAGUUAAAGCUUUGGAUCGCUGCUUACACCAUUUGAUACACGAAAACCACCACUAUGGGUAAAAACUUCACUCUCGAACAGAUUCCUGACAUGACCGGAAAGGUCUGCAUUGUCACUGGAGGAAACACUGGCAUUGGCAAAGUCUGCGCAUUGGAACUAGUUAAGAAGAACGCUCAUGUCAUUGUUGCUUCUCGUACACCUUCAAAGGCCCUGGCUACUAUUGAAGAGAUCAAGGCAGAAACCAAGAGCGACAAGAUCGAAUUCAUUCAGCUGGACUUGCUUUCUCUAGCCUCAGUCACUAAAUUCAUUAGCGAGUUCAAGGCCAAGAAUCUUCCUCUCCACCUUCUCUUGAACAAUGCCGGUGUCAUGGCAUGCCCUUUCGCUCUCUCAGAAGAUGGUAUUGAAUCACAAUUUGCCACUAACCAUCUUGCACACUUUUACCUCACUACACAGUUGCUCCCAAUUUUGGAACAAAGCCAACCUAGCCGCAUAGUCAACGUCUCAUCGUCAGCACAUAAGAUGCUCUUGUUCCACGGCUUCACCCUUGAUACUCUGAAUGAGAAAUCCAAGUAUAGCCCUAGCGUUGCUUACGCCCGAACCAAAACUUGCAAUGUUCUCUUCACACGCGAAUUGGAUCAAAGAUUGCAGAAGAAGGGUGUAAAGAACCUUUAUGUCAACAGCAACCACCCUGGUAUUGUCAGGACCGAGCUUGUUCGCCACAACGGCCCCGUUCUGAAUGCUAUUAUCCGCCAAUUCAGCAUUGACGCCAACGAUGGUGCCAUCACACAAAUGUAUCUUGCCACUAGCCCUGAAGUGGAAGCAAAGGACAUCCAUGGCCAAUACUACGUGCCUUUUGCCGAACCCUCUACCCCCUCCGGCUAUGCCGCAACGCAAGAAAACCAAACGAAGCUCUGGGACUUCACCGAAAAGAUUCUUUCUGAGAAGGUUCCCGGCUAUGCUGGUGCCGGUAUUUAAAUGAUAGCAAACGUGAUAUCUUUACAACAAACAUAAUUUAGAUAGUGCAUAACAACAUAUGAUAUACCUUAGAAUUGAGGUCUAAUUAAAUCGAUUUCAUUAACUGAAUGUGAGUAUUUUGCUGGGCAAUGGAUUGCGAUUACAGGAUGACGCGAAGGCAGGUGCAAACUGGCGCAUACCUUAGCGACAAACCAAUACAGACGAAAGUCCCAAAAAUUUGCAAUUGUGGAUUCUAGUCUAGUGUUUCAGAGACUGGGUUCCGACCGUUGAGGUAUAGAAGGGCAAAACAACUCGAGGAAGAACCAAAAAGAAGUAAGAAGGUAUCAGUGGUUGUCAGGUCAUUGACCU